CGGACGGGCUGGGUGUAGCUACUUACGUAACCGGUUACGGUUUGCCCUUGCGAAGGUCAACGCAGCACUCGGUGGAAAAUCUUUAUCUAGCCAAUCUCAUCGCCCAGACUUUCUGUCUUCUCUUCAGUACACGCACAAUCUUCCUUGUGAAAUGAUGUGGUUGGGGAGCCAGUGAUACCGUACGAGAAACUGUAAGUUACGGUUUCAAAAUAAUACAAGUCCCACCGAUCUUCAGAAUCCUACGAUCCUCCUUCCAAAAGGAUAAUAAUUAUUUGUGUUUUAGAAUAUGAGACGCCGGUAGACGAGGAUGAUCUCGCCGAGCCUGGCAGUGGAGGGGGGCUACUUGGGGUUCCCCUCGGUGCCUGAGUUCCUGCGGCCCCUGCCUCCGCGGUUCCGCCCCCCGCCCGCGGCCCGGCCCCCGCUGCCCCACAAGGAGGAGGAAGACUUCCAGCCCUACCGAGUCUACAACCCUUACUACAACCCCUACCUCUACCCCUACCACAUCAGGCCCGUCGACCUGUACUCUCCCCCGCAGAGUCCCCUCAGGCCCAAGGUACCACCCGGCCCGCAGCCGCCAGCGACUGCCCCGCCGGCACCACAAGUUUUGAAAACACCCAAACCCACCUCUCACCUGACCACUCUCCCAGCAGGUGGCGGUCCUCCGACAGGGAGCAGGCGGCUGCGAAGGACACGACCGACCCGCGCCGCUGGGUUCGCGCGCGGCUCGCUGAUCCGGCUAGCCAGCGGCGAGCUGCGCAGGGUCGAGGAAAUGCGGACGGAGGACUUCAUCAACUCGGCCGAGACCUGCCCCGCGCUCCGGCUGGACCCGAGCACCGUGGUCAGGAUCGAAGCCAGCCACGACUCCAACCUCGCCGUACUCACCCUAAGGUACGGCGAGUCCAGGGCACAGGUCAGUACCACCAAGCACUAG